AUGACCUGGACACCGUCGAGAGGCACAGACGAAUGGAGACCGAAGGGAGACUCCAUUCUCUUUGGAACUCCAAAGAGAGAGCGACAACCAGACCCUACGACGCCGACAAGGUCUCUAUUUUCCUCAACACUGAAUACGACUCCAAAGCCUGGCCUGGGCUACCUGGCAUUCACCACAACCCCUAGUCUAUCGAUACUCGAAGAGGAAGAAAGGAAACGUCGAGAAGAAGAAGCUGCGCAGCGUGCAGCCCAGGAAGAGGCUGAAGCACGGCGCAAACGCGAAGAAGCCGAGGCUGCUGAAGCUGCGUGGCGAGCAGAACAAGAACGGCUCAAAAAGCUUCAUGAAGCGCGUCUGGCGCGUGAAGCUGAAGAGGCCCGCAAGGGCGAAGAGUACUGGGUCAGCUGCGGUGGUGUUCUCCGUGACGAACACGGAAACCGCGACCUCGAGCGGACACAACGGAUCCGGGAGGAACUCAAGCUGCGGGAGAAGGAGAAACGGUUGACGGAGCGGUGGGAGGCGUAUGAGCGUCGGUGGAGGCAUUUGUUGGCUGUGGCUAAGAGCAGGAAGGUGGAUGGGAUUGCGAGUGAAGUCGAGUCCGAGUCUGGGAGCCAGGCUGGAGACGAUCCGGUCACGUUUGCGGAUAUGCCUUGGCCGGUGGAUAAGCCAGCUAGCGAGGUCAAGCUGGAGGAUAUCACUCGCCAGAACGUCGAGGCUUUCUUGUUGGAGCCUUUGACUGUUCGAGGGUGCACGGUCACGAAGAAGGAGCGCGUACGGACGUCGUUGCUGCGGUGGCAUCCGGACAAGAUGACGGCUAUCGUCUCGAUCGUGGAUCCAGCGGAGAAGGAUGCGGUGAUGGACGAUGCUGAUUUCACGUUCCCAAUAACACUCGAGCUGGCGGGUGGCAGAAUCCCGGAGAUGGCACGAUCCGAGGAAACAUCGAGAGGAGAGUGGUUGCAUCAGGCUAUCGCGCGUCGUGAUGUUGGCUUCGAGGCCCCGAGUGUUGCUGCAGCAAGAAUAGCGCCUGGGCGCCUCGACUUUACGCUACCUACCCCAGGGACCGGGAAAUCAAACGUCAAUCCAUCUGACGCCCGAUCUGGUCCUGCGGUGAACGACGGCAUAGUGAGCAGCGUAAUCUAG